AUGACACCUGAACCUCUAAAAGGACCACUAUGCACGAAAUUAUCCCUUACCAAUGACCUUCGCACAAUAGGUCUCAACCCCGGAGAUAACGUCCUUGUUCACUGCUCGCUCAGCAACAUCGGCUGGAUAAACGGAGGAGCUGAAACCCUCACACAUUCCCUCCUCGAAGUCCUGACCUCCGAAGGAACAUUAGUCGUCCCCACACAAACAAGCAGCAACUCAGAUCCAUCAGCAUGGGUCGACCCUCCUGUUCCUGAAGACUGGUGGCAAACCAUCCGCGAUACGAUGCCUGCGUUUGAGCGGCAAACUAGCCGAACGCAAAGGAUGGGUGUUUUGGCGGAAACGGUUAGGACUUGGCCUGGUGCCAUGAGAAGCAUGCAUCCUCAGACAUCUUUCAGUGCGAUUGGUGCGAAAGCAGGUUUUAUUACAGAAGGACAUGCUUUGGAUUGUAUGUUUGGUGACAACAGUCCUCUUGCACGAUUGAAAGAACUUGUUGCAAAGGUGCUGCUUAUUGGUGUGGGAUUUGAUAAAUGCACUUGUUUUCAUCUUGCUGAGUACAGAACUGGGGCGCCGAAGGCUGAUAAUUCGUUCGCGGCUUUGAUUGAUGGGGCCAGAAAGUGGACUACAGUUUCUGAUGUUGCGGUUAACGAUGAGGGCUUCACGGACUUGGGAAGUGACUUUUUGAAAGAGGGGAACGUGGUCGAGGGAAACAUUGGGGCUGCAAAAUGUUAUCUAUUUUCUUUGAGGGAAGCAGUCAGCUUUGCUGAAAGAUGGAUGAUUUUACACAGGAGGUCUGCUUGA